AUUAUUAUUAUUAUUUUUAUUUGUUGCUCUUUAGACCAGCGCUAUCAAAGCGCCUAUAUUAAUACUUUGAUAUACGAGCCUGGGUCCCUGUGGCAGAUCAAGAAUACCUGAGCAAACACACACUGUUCGAUACGUUGUCAAGUUUGCAAGUGAAGGUAGAAUCGCUGUAUUGCCCAAAUAUGGAAUCUGUCAAUUAUCAUUAGUCGAUCGAAGCAAAUUUUUUCAACAUUCAGGAACUGCAGUGACAAAAUGACAUUUGGAUUUUUGGCGAUUUUUCUAUGGAUUGUUUUGCAUUUGAUUUAGCGAGAUCAUUUUCAAAACGAUGAGAUGCAUGCUAGGCGAGUAACAUCACUGAACAGUAGUUGCUUUUCAACUGAAAAUUCCUUAGUUACGAAACAGGAGCGAUCAUCCUUCACUCCACAACGUCACCGUAAAUGUUUUUGUUUAUAACCGGGUUUUCUGUGAGAAGAGAUCAGAGCCGGAAGUAAAAGGUGCGUUAAAAAAUAAAGAGAAAAAUACCUCUCUCCAGCAGUAACAACGGUAAAAGUGGUCGUUCAAUGAGGACAUCACAAAAAGGACACUGAGUCCAUCGCCCCAGACUUCUUUACCUAUAGAUGAAGGAUCCCGCUUGAUCAGAGGUUUUACUGAAUAUGGUGACCCCUGUCAUGCGAAUGAUUUAAAGAUGACAGCGAAAAUAAAUUGCGUGUUUUAGUUAUCGCAUGUGACGAUCGCUGGUUGCGCCCAACAGAUAUAAGGUGAUAAUCCGCACAUUCAAACCCAACAAACAAGCCAGGAACGAACAAGAAAAGAGAAUUUUUUUCUUGAUGAACACAUGGCAGCCAGUCGAAAAAAAACUUCCUUGGGGUACAUUUUGAUUGCAGUGUUGUCACUGUGUGUUGUUCUUCCGCAAGUUUCUGCUAACAGAAGAGUAGAGACCAGGAGCAGGGCCAAAAGACAAGGUACGUGAUGUGUGGUAUCUCUAUGUUUGUUUUUUUUUUUUACAAUGGCGACUUAGUAAAACUGGCAACGUAUGGCUUGCAUUAGCAAAACUUUCGCGAGUGUUUUUUUUUUGGGAACACUAUGAAGUUAAACGAUUUCUUUUGGUACAUUUCUAUCACAUCCAAACACGGACAGGCAUGUCAGAGAGCCGACUUUAUAAUUAACGCGUUUGAUCCUCGAGUAUAUUGAUGGCAUGACAGUGAACGACAACUAAAAAGUUUGCAAAACACCCUUGUUGAAAGCUGCUAAUAUAGCACCACAGUUCUGCUAACUUGGCUAGAUUCAAUUUUAAUUGUUACAGUUAACAGUCUUCCACUGGCUAAUCCAUUCCCUCCGGGGACUGAGCAGAUAUAUAAUGAAUGGGAAAUCCUCAGUCACCCAAAACAUGAAAUAUGUAGGCUAAGGCAUUUUUCUGUGCGAUACUAGCCCUUUUAGGCUACUUCCUUCCGAUCGAUUUUUUUUUCCUCUGUGCAUGCAGAGUUUUAUAUGUGAUAAAACCCUAACUGCUAGGUUCCGCCUUGCAGUUCCCUCACAAUUGACCCAGUUUAAACGGUCUGUUUCACCCUGUUAGAAAAGAUUUUGUGAUAAACGUCAUUAGUCCACUUAUAUCCUUUUGCUUCUCGGAGAGUCGAUUGAAGAAAUUCUUCCAUGAUGACAGUGGAACUUUAAGAACGGUUAAUUCUCUUCCUCAAUUUAAAUUGACCUAGCCUCAGGAGAGAUCACGUGUUUUCCGGUACAUAUUUUACUUUCUUAGGUAAAAAACACCGAAUAUAAGCGUAGUAGUUACAAUUAUAAAAAUUCAGAUAAAGUGACAAAGCAUGUUAAAUAGAACGCAAUUCGUCAGCCUUCAAAAUGCUUUUAAUAGUUACCGGCUUAACUUCAGCUACUUCACUUUAUUUUUGCCCCUAAACAUUUAUGAACUAGCGUAGGUACUGUAUGCCUUCCAACCCUUCAUUAUUCAUUCUUCAUAAUGACAAACCGCUUAUGUAAUUAAAGAUUUCCAAACAUUUUAGGCGUUCUUGUGUAAAAUCCUUAGAAAUAAAGAGUACAAUACAACACUACUGCCAAGAAGGUUUCAUUUGAAUUACGAGACCAUAGGAUUUCAUUCACAGAUUUAAAAGUUAGAGUGAUAAAUCAUCCUCUCUGAUUUGGUGAAAAGGGUUAAGCAUCUAUCCCCAUCUGUCAUUGAGAUAACUUCCUUUGUUGCAAUCGAUGCACAAAAACGAAAGGGUUGCGUGGAAUGUGCUAAUACGAAAUCAACCUCGUCCCCAGGGCUUUUCCCCUAUGGGUGGGGUCGCCCCACCCAUUUUUUAAGGGGAAAGCCUUGGGGACGAGGUAGGUACGAAAGGUAAAAUGAGAAAUGCGUUAUCAUGGCAAGCAUCACCGAAUUAAAGAAGCCUUCCAUAAAAACAAUGAAAGCAAUGUUUUUCUUUAUCCUAGUUCACUUCCGUUUUUUCUUAACUUGUUUCAUUAAAUUCUACUCGAGCUCUGUCCUACAAUCUUGGGUCAUGGUAAGUAGCCUGAGUAUCAGGCGUUUCUAGGUGGAGGGGGAGGGGGGAGGAGGUUGAGAGAACAGAAAAAGGGAGAGAGCAAAAGACAAGCACUUACUAAGAACCAAGAACAGAGGAGAACGUUUCACAUUGCGCUACUAACAAAGAAGGUAUCCACUCCAAUUUUAGAGGGAGUGUACGGAAUCUUUGUUCACACUUAUUUACUGAACUCCUCCAACUGUUUUACAAAAGAAAGUGCUAACAUUUUCACAAAAUGCGUUCCGAGAAAACACACUUCAAGCUUCAAGUAGAAGAGGAUCGAAAUGCACACUCCGUAAUUGGUUGCGUUCAGUAGCCAAUAAGAAAGCUAGAAUUUUCGAUCCCUCACGCGGGUACUUAUGUACAAGGUCAAAGCUCAACUAAACAGAACGGCUUAAGGUUCUCGCCACAGCACAGAAAAAGUAAGUAGAGUUGCUCAUGUUAAAGCAACUGAGCAUAAAGUCAACCCGGCAACUGAUGCGGUUCGCGUGGAGAACCGAAACCAUGGUCUUGCCCGAUCACAAAGUGGCAAUAACAGAACAGUUGCAAGACUAUUAAGCUAAUUCGAAAGUUGUCACCAAGGGAGAAACUACGUGCUCCAGUCCAAAGACUCACAUUAAUAGAAAAACGAGCUGGAGUUUAAAAUUCAUUGUUUUAGAGUAAUCAUGACAUCAUCAUGAGUCACAUCGCAGUUCGUCAUAGUUGAUGUAGCUUCAGUUUAAGCUGCAACCCAUUCUUCGAGAUUAGGAUAUGUAAAUCACCAUUUGUGAGAAUUUAACAUCCUGCUAAAAACGGUAACGAGCUAAGCCCAGCGUGACAAUACAUUGCAGCAAACCGUCACAUUCACGGACAAAAAGGGCUUAAAUAAUUAUUCAGAUCCAGGAGGCACUUUGGAGAAAUUAAACAACCUAAAACCCUUAUUUAGCCGCAAUGAGGAAAGUUACAUUUCAAAAGAGGUCAAAGGAAAAAUGUUUUUCCAUCAGAGGGCAAAUCAUCACUGAUUCAUGCCGAGCAGAAACAAUAAUAACCGCAAAAAAUCAAUAUGCGUGUCACGACCUCUCAGUUUGAAAUAAACGGCAAAAAUCACAUUUUAUCAGUCAAAACUUAAUCCUCCCGAGCAAUCUACCUGUCAGAGAAAAAGAAAAACUGAUUAUUGGAACAAACAGCAUUUUGGCAUGAGCCAGGUGUGGGCAUGAGGUAAAAGUCGUGUGUUGCCUACCGACCCCCCUUUUUACACUACUUCCUUUCUCUCGUCCCCCCUUUCCCCUACCUCCUCUGCUAGCCUCUUAGGAAGGCCUGAUACUCAGGUUACAUGGUAGGUGCUUUGUCAGCAGUUUUUCAAAUUUUCAUCUCUUUCCAAUGUCUCCUACUAGGAGACCUAAGACAGCUGCUACAUUUGAAUUUACUUAAGGCUGCGUGAUCACUGAUGAACCAAUCACACUGUAGUACGCCAGACUGUUGAUCUCAGUUCAGGUGCCAUUGGCCCUGCAUUGGCCUUUUCUCCUUUUUCGUUCUAAUCAGUUCAAAAGGGACAUAGAAGAGCCCACAUUACUGUUCUAAAAGAUUAGGGGACUCAGUAAAGGGACUCAGCAUAGUACCCGGGAGAAUAGUACCUUGUUUACAUCCGCCCUCUAGGAGUAUAGCCAAUCUUUUGUAGGUUUUUGGGAAGAGAAAGUGGUACGCGUGCUCUUUUUUGGCGGGAACUAUCGCGGUGUCCCAUUCCGGUGAAGCUACUAAAUUACGUCAGGAGCGUAAUAGGCUCCUGAUUGCGCUGAUUACAUUGAAUAAUGUUAAAAGGAACGACAGUUAUACAACAACUCUGCUCACGGGGGAAAUGCCAGUCUUGCAUUUAGUCUGGCUCUAAUUUGCCUUUGAAUUUGUUUCAACACAGACUGUAAAGAUAACGAAAAUGUGCAAAGGACUUGUGAGAAACUUGUCAAGGAGCUGGGACUAGGAGUUUGCCACACGGAAAUUGAACAACUGAAGGCAAAGCUGAACAGAAGUUGUGCUGCCACUUGCCACUUAUGUAAGUAAUGCAAACUUUAUGAAAGAUGUUAUCUUUUAGUCCAGACAUGGUAAUCUCUUGAUAUGUUGUUCUACAGGUGGAAAGCCCCAGGGAGACUGCAGAUUUAGCUCUUUUGGCUGCUGUUGGGAUAGGCGCACGCCACGGAAAGAUGUCUAUGGAAUCAAAGGCUGUCCUGGUAAACGUCACAAUUAAAAAAAAUCCAAAAAGAACAACCAGUGAAUUUUUCAAUCAUUUCCAUUUUUUUUAGCUCUAGUCAAAAAGUUGGGAUAAUGAAAAAUCAUUGAUAAAAUAAGCAGUACCGAGUAUUGAAUAUGCAUUAGGGCUACCAGGAACGGAUUCAGAAGGCUUGUUCUUGCUAGCCAUUGCCUGCACCGUCACCGCGAAUUGCCUGCCAGCCAGCCAGCUUGUCCUGUAGCGGCCAACACUUGGGCACCUGCGACGCGGUCGCCCAGUGCCCACAUUCUUAGACACCCCGAUGAGGGACGCUGGGGUAUCUGCAGCGAACUCUCAGCCUGCAUGGACGACAGAGGGGACUAGGCGUCAAGGGCUGAGUUGCUCAAAGCAUGGUUAGCUUUAACCAUUUGUUAAGCAGUAUCAAAACCAAUACGUUGUCAAAGUAUUAAACGCUGGUUAACGCUAACCAUGCUUCGAGCAACUGGGCCCAGGUCACUAGCUCGGCUGAGGCCGCCCGAAUUGAAUGAAAAAAUGAGAGCUUCCAAAAGCCCUGUUCGUGGAUGCUUUUUUAUAUUACGGAAAGGAACCGAUUAUGUAUAACUUGUGCUGCUACUUGUCGAAACAACCGCGUGUAUUUUUCAUUUGGAUUUCAAUUUCCACAAAAGGAAGUGAACGAACUCUUCUUUAACACGCUUGUGACGCUUGUUUACGCUCUGCAUUAUUUUACAGCUCGCCCAGCGAUGGGCUAAAUGGGAAGCUUCAGCGGGCAGGAGCUCAUAUGCCGGGGCUCCUGCUGCGCGUUAGCCGAGAGUAGCAAAGUACAGCAAAAAACAAUAAGUGCGCGAAAGGAACUUCAUGGUUUCGUGGUGAGACUCAAAUCGGCGAUACGGAUAAUUAGAGGUCUUAAUGUAUAGUAUCAGUAGUAAGCUUGCACAACUGACGUCAAUGUUUUUUGUUUCUCUACUCUCUUUUUCUAGAUUGCAAAGACCAUCUUAAAUUGUGCAAGCGAUUCAAGAAAUUCUGCUUUGGGAAGAAGACGGAGAACAGAGAAUUUAUCGAGCUUCACUGCCCGAAGACUUGCAAUAAGUGCAUUGAAAGGAAGCAUGUGAAAGUGGGAGGACAGAAGAUCAAGAAGAGUGACUGGUUCAGAGUUUGAAGUCUUUUUCAUCUGGGUUAAAGUAGUUCAUUUUAUAGACUGUCUACAAAUGAAAAAAUUUUUUAAGAUAAAUUUCAGAGCUCGAGUUUGCAUGAUUUUUAAAAUCAAUUUAUAGUUUUAAGGUGACACCUAUCAUAGAAGAACUAUCAUAUCUAAAUCGGCUUUUCCUGAUUUUGAAAUCUUUAUGCAAGUAUGAAGUAUGGCAGAAGCAUAUAACAGGACUUGAAGAAUUCGUUAUUAGCUACGUUUUAGACAGAGAUGCGUUCAAUUCUCUGAUUCGAUCUAUGAGCAAAAGAAAUUUCGUGCUUCUGAUUGGACGGCUAGAAAGCCCCAGCGUGGUUCUAAACAAAUAAGGGGAAUUUAGACGCUUCAUGGUUAUAUAUGCUUCUAAAUAUAGUAAGUGGCAUUUUUAAUAAUUUUUUUCUUUUUUUUUCUCAGGCUGAUUAAAAGGCCAUAGGCAAAGACUGUAAUGCAAGAUAAUGUUUACCUUCUGUUCAUUUCACAAAACUUGUAGGGAGGGAUCUCAAACUCUCAGAAAGAGAGGAAUUUCAAGCUUUUGCUUCACAGACUGAAAUAUCAGUGAGACUAUACUGAAUGUAUGUGACGGCUUUUUUUUGCGACAAAUUUAUGAUAAAACUGAUAGGUUAGCGUUAUAGUGAGAUAUCUGAUGAAUAUUCACGUACAAUAAAACUCAAAAUAAUUUUGAUC